UAUAUAUAUGAGAUUCACCCGGCUUCUUCCAUAACAAUGAUUCAAGGUCGUCUGGAUUUAUCGUGUACAUACGUAUUUAUAUUCACCCGUGGGGGUAAACACGACUAUAUAUACUGUGGUUACUUAAAGUUUUGUACACGCAUUCGCAGCCGCAUUGAGCAUUUAGCAGUUCACCGGGUAGUCACAUCUGCAAAACACACUCAACCGACAAUGCAAGGGCUUAAGACUGUGAGUUUCCUGUGCGUGGCUUUUGCAGCCUGCCUGGCGCACGCCGCCGCGAUCGACGAGCCGUCCGCACCGGCUCAAUACGAUUUCAGCUACGCGGUCAACGACCCGACCACCGGCGACCAAAAGGACCAACAGGAGACGAGAAACGGCGACGACGUUACCGGUUACUACCGGACCGUGGACUCGGACGGUUUCCUGCGCACGGUCAGGUACAAGGCGGACGCCGUCAACGGGUUCACCGCCGAAGUCGUCCGGGAACCGGUCAGCGGUGCCGCCGCCGUGCCGGUCGUCGCAAAGGCCGCCCCGGUGGUCGCCCCGGUGAUCAAGCCCGCCGUCGUCCCGGUGGUCGCACCCGCCGUCGCACCCGUCCCGUACGUCGCACCGGUAGCGCCUUACUACGCCAGUUACCCGUACAACUACCAGCCGUACCCGUACGGUUACCAACAGUACCCGUACAGCGCUGGCUACACUCCGUACUCGUACGGCCAGUACGCCUACAACGGCCAAUACGGUUUUCCGUUCGUCCGCAAGUAAAAUGACGUGCCCGAAAAAGGCGUCCUGCCGCGCGUGCACAUAACUCGGCGGCGCUCGUCCCCGAGAAAUGUCGCUCCCGCGUCGCGUUUCGCCGGCGGAGACGAGUUGAACAUAUUACGAUAUUAAUUUCUUCUGUGUUGUAUUUUCAUCUGUUUAUUAAAAUCUGUAUCUAUCUUUAUUACGUGCUUACGGUAAUACUAUGUAAACAAAAAUAAGCAAAUUUAUCAAUAAAGUGUAUUUUGUAAGUA